AUGAGUCUGGCGUUCGUUCACGCGCAUGACGGCGCAGAACCUCAUACCGACGCAGUGUGGGGCGUUAGCUGGACCAACGCGGACACCGUUCUAAGCAUUUCUGCGGACGGUGCAAUCAAACAAUGGGACUCGAUAUCUGGACAAGUAUCGCACUCAAGACCUCCACACACCCUUGGUCUUGUCUCUCUAAGCGUGGAUCCAACUGGAAAACUUGCGCUCUACAACACGCUGGAAGGACUCACCUGUCUUUGGAGUCUUGAGGAUGGAGAUUUGAAAGGGUCGUAUGAGAGCUUUGCGCGGACUGCAGGAUCUGAGUCGAAUGACCCUUCGUGGUCUGUGUCCCUGAAUCCCAAAGGAGGGACCUACGCUUCUACGGGAGGCUCUGGGAAUGUCACAAUUCACUCCGCUGAAACACCAACAUUCGGCGAACGGCGGGCUACCCUGAAAAGUGGGCGCAGCAAAUUCGGGAUGUUUUGCAAACAUAGCCCGGAUGGGUCUCGGGUAGCUAUGUCUUCUGAGAACGGCAUCAUUUACGUCUUCGACAUCGUAUCGGCCUCGAUCCAGUCGAUGUACUCCUCGCACGCAAUGGCAGUGCGAUCUCUAGCCUGGUCCCCAGAUUCUAGCCUCUUGCUCUCCGCCUCUGAAGAUAAGCGCCUCAUUCUACACGACCUUCGCACCUCGUCAUCGGGGAAGCCUGGCUCCGGAGCGGUUGCCGCCUUCAGCGGUCACUCGUCGUGGGUGCUCAGCACGGACAUCUCCCCAGAUGGCAGGCUUGCGCUCUCCGGCUCGUCGGACAAGACCGUAAAAGUAUGGGACAUCGGCGCUCGGGCGGCGGUAUCAACUGUUCAAGACCAAGGAGAGGUGUGGUCCGUGUCGUGGAGGCCGAGGCCGCCUGCCCACGGAACAGCAGGCGCGUACGUGACAGGCGGAGAGGAGGGCGUGGUGCGCUGGUGGCGGAGCGCUGGUGCUGGUUGA